AUGGCUUUAAAAUAUGAGAGAGACACUGCAAGCAAAGCCCAAUGUAUUAAGAUAAGAAAUGAGCUUGGUGAUUCGAGAGGUAAUUUGGAGAUGCUAUUGAAGAAAUACAACAGAGACAAAGAAAGAAUAGCAAACAUUCGUUAUUACCGAAAGAAAAGAGAUGAGGCUAUUGUAGCUUGUGAAAAAGCCGAACGUUCUAAUAAUUCAUCGGCAGCUAUGAGUGCAAGACGCGCACUUGAAAUAGCCGAGGAUGGUAUAACGGCAGAGGGAAACAAUAUGACGUUGACUGACACGGUAGGGCCCGAGGAGAUCGCGAAGGUUGUGAGUCGACAAAUAGGUGUACCUGUGACUAGUAUAGGUACAGAUGAGAAACAUAGGUUGAUGGGGCUGGCCCAGAGUCUACAUAAAAAAAUCAUAGGGCAAGACCAAGCCGUGAUGGCUGUUGUUGAAGUGGUGCUAAGGUCGAGGACCGGUUUUGGAAGGCCGAACCAACCGAUAGGUUCAUUUCUCUUUGCGGGUUCCACAGGCGUGGGAAAAACGGAGCUUGCCAAGGCUCUUGCAGCACAUUUAUUUGGAGAUGAAAAGGUUAUUGUGAGACUUGAUAUGUCGGAGUACAUGGAGGCACAGUCCGUGGCUCGAUUGAUAGGCUCCCCUCCCGGAAAUGAGGGACGUUCUUUUCAAGGUGGCGGACUGACAGAGCCAGUAAGGCUAAAGCCUUACAGUGUUGUCCUACUGGACGAAAUAGAGAAAGCUCAUACGUCUGUGCUCAAUCUUCUGCUGCAGUUGUUGGACGAGGGCAGGUUGACAAACAGCCAAGGCCGCAAAGUAGAUUUCACAAACACAGUUAUCAUUUUGACCUCCAACCUUGGAGCUGAGCAUCUAAUUGAUGCGUUGUCAGGGAAGAUCACCAUGGACAAAGCUCGUUCGAAGUUGAUUGAAGUGGUGAAACUGCAUUUCAAGCCAGAGUUAGUAAACAGAAUUGAUGAAAUCGUGAUUUUUGAUCCUCUGUCUCGGGAUCAAGUGAGGCAGAUUGCCAGGCUCUUCAUAAAAGAUGUUGCUAUUCGUGCGGCUAGUCAGGGCAUUAGCUUGCAAGUGACGGAAGGAGCACUGGGCUAUAUAGUUGCAGAAUCUUUCAAUCAGAUGGAUGGGGCACGGCCAAUCAGGAAAUGGAUAGAGAAGAAUAUUGUUUCAAAUAUAUCAAGGAUGGUGGUAUCGGGAGAAAUUGCUUCAAACUCAUGUGUGCUCAUACAUGAUAGAUCAGAAGGGGAGGGGAGAAAAUUAACUUUCCUUGUUUCCAAGGAGGAGAUGAAGAGGGAGACAGAGGCAGGGGAGGAACACCAGCAGUAA